AAGAACUAUAUGGUGCUGUCGGCGCAUCAAAUCGAGCGCACUUCCUCUAGACGAAACCACUCUGAGCCAGGCCGUGAAAGAGGGCUCGCAGAAGGACGGAGAACAACAACCUUUUAUUUCUGAAUUACCGUCGAAACACAACAAAUCUUCACUUAACGGUCCACGAUGGGGAGGUUUUGUCCUAAGGUGUUUGUGUUCCUACUGGUUAUGCUGCUACUGAGCUCUGAAUUGUCAUGGGCUAAAAGAGGCAGCAGUAGCAGCAGCAGCAGCAAGAGAACAUCUAGCAGCAAGGGCACACAGUCAAAGCCGUCCAGCUCCCAACCAGCAAACUACCCUCGGCAGCCACAGAGUCCUAAUCGAAACCCCAAUCCGUAUCCUGCUGGUGGGAGUUAUCCAUAUCCCAAACAAAACAAGCCAAGUAACCCAGGAGUUGGAAGUAACCCUAACCAGUAUCCUGGUAGAGUCAACCAGAACCCUGCUGGUGGAGGAUAUCCUAACCAGCAUUCACCUGCUGGAGGCAACCCAGCUGCAGGCGGUUAUCCUAACCAGAACCCAGGAAGGAAUUAUCCCAAUCAAAAUCCAGCUGCAGGCGGCUACCCAGCUGCUGGAGGCAACCCAGCUGCUGGAGGCUACCCAGCUGCAGGCGGUUAUCCUAACCAGAACCCAGGAAGGAAUUAUCCCAAUCAAAAUCCAGCUGCAGGCGGCUACCCAGCUGCAGGCGGAUACCCAGCUGCAGGAGGCUACCCAGCUGCUGGAGGCAACCCAGCUGCUGGAGGCUACCCAGCUGCAGGCGGUUAUCCUAACCAGAACCCAGGAAGGAAUUAUCCCAAUCAAAAUCCAGCUGCAGGCGGCUACCCAGCUGCAGGCGGCUACCCAGCUGCUGGAGGCAACCCAGCUGCUGGAGGCUACCCAGCUGCUGGAGGUUAUCCGAACCAGUACCCAGGGAGGAAUUAUCCCAAUCAAUAUCCAGCUGCAGGAGGCUACCCAGCUGCAGGAGGCUACCCAGCUGCAGGAGGUUACCCAGCUGCUGGAGGUUAUCCAAACCAAAGGGGAGGGUACCCUUACCAGUAUCCACAAGCAGGUGGUUAUCCAGCCAGAGGGGGAAAUACCGGACAGGGCUGGGGUGCACCUGGCGCAUAUCCAGGGGCUUACCCUGGUGGAGGGGUUGGCCAUUACCCCAACUGGAACCCAAAUAAUAAGAUCCUCAGUCCUCGCUACGGUGGCGGAGGAGCGUAUGGAUAUGGUGGUUAUGGGAUGGGGGGUUCUCCAUUCUCUCGUUCUGUACAGAGUAUGGGAUACCAGCCUAAAUCCUCAGGCUUUGCCAAGAAAGCCAUGAUGGCAGCAGGUGUCGGUGCUGUGGCCGGAAUGGCCGUUGGAUACGGACUUGGGCGCUUCCCUCGCCCGCAUUUCAAUUUCCACAACCCUCAAGAAGAGUAUUACUACAACAACUACAUGUAUCGACGUUAUGGCUCUCGCUCCACAGAUGAAAAAGACUAUGGCCGUGAUUACGUUUACAAGCCUCCACCAAGGGCGGAGACGUAUGAGGCCUUCAUGGCUCGCUGUAUGAAUUCGACUGACCUGAAGGACAACAACAGCAGCUCCAGCACCCCCACGACCGGAGGGGAAGAGGAGGAUGAUGACACCGUCAGCAUUGAGGAGAUCGGAUACCCAGCACUGAUUGAUCAAGUGAAGAGCCGCCGCUGCGUCGAAAAGUACAUGAUCUACUCUGAGAGUUUUCUGCAGGAACGCAAAGCAGAGCCCCAGAUCAACCACCCCAACCACAGCAGCUCCCUGAGCUCCGGUGUGAUUCAGUUCUUCAUGUCCUCCUUCAUGCUGUUGUUCAGCAUCUUCUUGCUCCAAUAAGAACACGUAAUCUUCCCUUCAUCCUGGCCCAAAUGGGUUUCUAACCUGCUCCUUCAUCUAACCUGCAUGUUCACAUCCAGUACUGCCAAAGUGCACUAUGUAUCCCAAUGCAGCUAAGUACUAAUAAGUUGUGAUCAGAGAAAAGCUCUGAAAUCUGUCACUCGAUUAGUCCUGAGAGCAUUUUGUGCUCAGGAGACGAUGCCACUCUGACGCGCUCCGGGCAAAGUGAAACCCCCACAUUCUUAGCAGGAUUUAAUGACAGUGGGAAAUGUUGCAGGCCAUCUGUCCCCGAAGUGAGGAACCCUCAAUAAACAGAUUAACACGAGUGCGACUAUAAACGUCCUCCCUCUAACGAUGGGUUUGCUUCAUGGAGGUACGCGCCUCCCACACUAGGUGUUUCCCCUCAGCGCCCUGUAAAAACGCAUUGCAUGUAAUAACUGCUGGUAUAAAGACUCCAACAGUUAUCGUGUGGCUUUUGAUGUGCAGCCCUCCUGCUGUGUCUUGCCUGAUGUUGAUACUGACCUGCUGACCACUACAGAGUCAUUUUAGUUCUCGAUAAAUGAACUUCAUAACAAUCCAAGAGUUUAAAUCUACUGCUGUACAGUUCUGUAUAUUUCUUCAUGUCCAGUGUCACAUGGGAUUAACAGUGGGACUGGAAGCUUUGGCACUGGCUCAAAGUUGCUGGGAAACAGUGGAGGCCUUAUUCCGAGUGUUACAUUGUGCAUGAACAGUUAGAUCGUUUAAUGAAACAGCUUUGGUCAAAAGCUCCUGGUGCCAGACAGAUUUACUGUACGUUUAAGAUGAACCUCCCAGGCUUUCCAGGCUUGAGCUGGAUACUACGCUACUCAUCUUGGUGUAAAUACAAAUUCUCCACACAGUCAUGAUGUGUCUCUGCUGUAACAAACGUCUGUCGUGCUUUUGGGACAGUAUUCUUGUUUUGACCACGCUUAUUUUACUAUUCCAACUUAUGACUUAUUUUCCAAAAUUAUUUUGAAGAAGCACUUUGUCAGUAAAACAUACAAGCUUGCAAAGGAUUUACACACAAAAUUUAUGAUUGGGUACAUUGUAUGUAGCUCCUAUCUAGUCUGUCUUGACAUUUCUUCAUGAUUUUUCUCAAAUUUAAAUAAUUUAAUAUUCCACCCAGGACUGUUCAUGGGCUACGUCAGGUGAAAAGUGUUUAUAUGAUCUAGACUGUAGAAUAUCUGUAAAGUGCACUUACUUCAUUUCAGGACUGGAUAUUCUGUAACUGUGACAUUUAGUUAAAUGCAUUAAUCUUCUACUUCUGACUCUGACUUCCAAUUGUACCACUUUCAGUUACUCUAUAUUAUGUUUAUAGUGGUGUAAAAUGACUUGUCAUGGAUAGUUACGUGUGUUCAUGUCUUAAAUAAAAUAAGUAAAUGAAA